CGUAGCGUAGGUUGGGUAUAUAAUCUCAGAUUGAGACACUACGUUUAAUCAUGUCUGAAAUUCUUUAUUUCACACAUCUUCGGAGUUCAAGGAACAACUCCGCUUGAACUCUGAUUUACUGACUCCGGCGUCUUCGCCGGUGGGGAAAUGAUGCAAACCCGCCGUGCGUCUGAGAGACUUUCUCUGAAACUUUCUCCUCUUGAUGUUUUUAACUUAAUAUGUUGUUGGGGACUUUUCUCAACCCUUUAACUCGAGGUUUUAUUGACUUGUCGCUGUUUCUGGCCUGUCCUAGCUGCUUCUAAACUCAGACAGGUGAACAUUUCCGGGUUGUUCUCUUCCGUGUUCUCCAGCGAACCGAGCAGACAGACAGGACGACAUGGCGCAGGCCGCGGGGUUUGAGCCAAGAGGAAGAAGUAGAAGCAAGGACCGCCCUCCAGUUUUCAGACUGGUUCUUGUUGGGAAGACUGGGUCAGGGAAGAGCUCCAGUGGGAACACCAUCCUGGGCAGAGACGCCUUCGGAGCCGCAGUCAGUCAGUCCUCAGUCACCAGGCAGUGCUGUAAGCAGGAAGGCGAAGUGUUUGACAGAACAGUGACCAUCGUCGACACGCCGGGUCUCUUUGACACGUCGUUCUCCGAAGACUACAUCAAGAGAGAGAUCUCCAAGUGCAUCAACAUGUCAGCCCCGGGGCCCCACGCCAUCCUGCUGGCCAUCAAGGUGGGGCCCUUCACCAAUGAGGAGCAGGACGCGGUGAAGCAGGUGGAGGACAUCUUUGGGCCGGACGCCUGGAGGUACACCAUGAUUCUGUUCACCCACGACGAUGAAGCUGCUGAAGACGUGAAGCUGCAGCUGCAGGAGUGCGGCCCCGAGCUCCAGAGCGUCCUGCAGAGGGCCAACAACCGACACCUGGUGCUCAACAACCGCAGGGCCCACGACCGCAGCCAGGUGCUGGCGCUGCUGGAGAAGGUGGACAGCAUGGUGUCCGAGAACGGAGGAGAGUUCUACUCCAACCCAACCUACCUGCAGGUGGUGGAGAUGCUGCAGCACAGAGAGGAGGAGCUCAAAGCGUUCUACCAGAAGCAGCUGGAGGAGCAGACCAGAGCCUUGGAGCUGAAAUAUGAACAGCUGCUGACUGCUGCUCAUGCUGAAGGGUCCAAGCUGAAGAGAAAACUCCAGGCUGAGAUACAGGAAGUUAAGCGUUACUAUAACAGGUUACAGCACAGGAGACGCCAUGUUAUAGAGCAGAGCAUUGCACAGGACUCAAUGAAGGAUAUUUGCCAGUUCUCCAUGACGCUGAAAGUGAAGAUCAGCUCCUAAAGACCCAGAAGUCUUUGUUUUCAUUACCCAGCAUGCAUCAGUAUCUGGAUGAACAGUCCAGCCUGGAGGUUCUGGUCCGCACUCAGGUUCCUCUGAGAAACCACUGCGGUCCAGUCAAAGUCCUUCAAACUGAAACAUUUCAGCAGCAGAAGACCAAACAUUAAGCCUGGAGGUUCCUGAAGGAACUAAAACUUUCUGCUACAACAACGAGUUUCUGCCUAGUAGGGGGUUUUCCUCGCCGAACUGGCAACCAAUCAUUUCAUUGUUGAUCUCUAACUGUAACCAAGUCUAAUAGAUAAUAUCUAUUAUUUAUUCAUAAAAACAUUAACAAGCAAAAGUUGAUAAUUGAUGAAAGUUGUUGUGAAUGUCAGAGUGAUAAUGAGCCGAACUCUAAUUCUGCGGUGUUCACUGAAGUCAUCAGAACCAGAACCUUUUCUGCUUCAGACCUGCAGGAGAAAUGCUGCCGACCUCAACAGAAACGCUUCUGACCAGCAGAGAGCUGAAGAUUGUCUAGGAUUUUCUAACUGCUUUAGGGUCAUGUUGAAACCAAAAUCCCUUUGGUUUCGUUCAGUGAGGUGAACUUUGUGAACUGAGCUCCACAUUAGUUUGGGACGGCGGAUGACGUCACGACGGCUGGUUGGACUCUGCAGAGAGACGUCCUGCUGCUGAGCAAAGAGCAAAAUUUAUGACCUGAAUUUUGCUCAAUAAAGACGUGAUGGUCAGUCUGAAUCAAAUUGUAAUAAUAACCUGAGAAAAAUGGAUGUGAUAGUUGGAUUAAAAGGUGCAGAGUAAUCCUAAUCAAGUUGAAAAAAAACAUAGAAAACGUCCUAAAACAUAUUUCUUUUACACAGUGUUAUAGAUGAAACAUUUUCAAAAUCUUUUACUGUUUUACAUGUCAGACUUUUAAUCGUGUCUUUUUGAUAAUAAAUGGAGGAAACAGCUUUCUAAA